GUGUACUGGACACAUAUAAUCAUCAACUGUUGCAUCCGUAUACUAGAUCUCAGUAUUCAAUGUAUUAAUCUCACCCAAGGUGUGGACUUAAACCCACAAUCUUAGAAAUUGACCAGUCAAAGGCUCAAGCCAAUGUCAGCCAAUGUCAGAGGUAACUUAACGACUGUUACGUACGCUACAUGUGCUGGUAUUGGAGCAUCAGCUUUGGGCGGUGAAGAAAAGCUCCCCGCCAAAAAGUUCAUAGAAUUGGCAGAAAAAGUCCCACGCUAUGGAACUUCUAAAGUACAUAACUCAACUGCAGUCGGGGAAUAGACCAAGCGAGUCAACACAAUGGGGUCAAAACUGGCAGAGAAGAAGCGCAAAUCGAGGGCAUCAGAUUCCGACUCCGAUGACGAGCUCGCCAAUGGGCUUUUUGACGGUGUAUUAUCGCAAAGCGAAGACGAAGACAACUUCCCAUCCGAAGACGAGGAUAAAGAUGAGGAUGAGGAUGAGGAUGAGGACCCCGACGAGAGCGAGAGCGAAAACAGCGCAGACAGUGAGGACGAAAUUGAGGAGGACGACGAUGCCAUCCUAAGCGACGAUAUUCCCUCGGACAUGGACGGCGAGGAGAAACUUGAAAUCACAGAACCCGGUGUCGACCCAAAGCCGAAAGAGGAGGAUAAGGAAGAAAAAAAUUACAGGAUUGAGAAGAGUGCCAAUGGCGGUGUUCGAUACGUAUACGAUGAGAUCGACCCUGUCUACGACUCCGACGACUCCGACGCCCAGGGCCCGGUCAACACGAUAGGCAAUAUCCCCCUAAGCUUCUACGACAGUUAUCCCCAUAUCGGCUACGAUAUCAAUGGCAAGAAAAUCAUGCGCCCAGCAACUGGCGAUGCACUCCAGAGCCUGCUCGACAGCAUCGAGGUGCCCAAGGGGUGGACCGGCUUGACAGAUGUGAAUACCGGCAACCCUCUGAAUCUCACAGACGAGGAGCUGGAGCUUGUUCGCCGCGUUCAAACGGGUCUCAUACCUGAUGACCUUCAUGACCCCUAUCCCGACACGGUUGAGUAUUUUACAUCGAUCGAGGAGAAGAUGCCCCUCAGCAGUGCUCCGGAGCCCAAGCGGCGCUUUCUCCCUUCCAAAUACGAAGCCAAGCAGAUUAUGAAAUUGGUACGGGCCAUCCGAGAAGGCAGAAUCCUACCAUAUAAACCCCCAGAAGAGCGCGAGAGGGAAGAGGAAGAGAAGGAAGAGGUGCACUUUGAUCUGUGGCAGAACGAGGAGCCGCAAGCACCAAACCCGAUGCACAUCCCGGCUCCAAAACUCCCGCCCCCUGGCUACGACAUGAGCUACAACCCACCAGAGGAGUAUUUGCCGACCAAGGAGGAGCGAGAGCAGUGGGAGAAUGCAGACCCAGAGGACCGGGAAAAGGAUUACCUGCCGCAAAAAUAUACUGCCCUCAGGAGAGUUCCAGCUUGGGCCGGCUUAGUCAAAGAACGGUUUGAGCGGUGCAUGGACCUGUAUCUGGCCCCUCGAGUGCGGAAAAACAGGCUCAACAUCGAUCCAAAUUCGCUGCUUCCGAAAUUGCCAUCCCCUUCCGAGCUCAAGCCCUUCCCCACAGUGGUCCAGACAGUCUUCCGCGGCCACGAGGGCAGGGUAAGAAGCGUGGCAAUUGAUCCGUCUGGUAUCGCGUUGGCAACCGGAGGUGACGACGGUACGGUGCGUGUCUGGGAACUGCUGACCGGCCGCCAAGUAUGGUCCGUCAAGCUAAGCAGUGACGAACCCGUUAAUACUGUUCGGUGGCGGCCAACCAAGGACUCGUUUAUUUUGGCUGCUGCUGCUGGCGAAGACAUUUUCUUGAUGGUUCCGACACAUGCCAGCGUAACUCCGGCUCUGGACCAGGCCAGCCGGGACAUCUUGGCGGCAGGCUUCGGGCACGCUGCAAACGGACAACAGCAAGCAGUUCCCGUCGGCAAGGAGCCCCCGGCGAAAUGGGCGCGACCCGGCACGAAACUCGAGGACGAGGGCGUCUUGAUAAGGAUCACUGUGAGAUCAACAGUGAAGGUGAUCAACUGGCACAGGAAAGGUGACCACUUUGCCACUGUCUCGCCAACCGGCCAGAGGAGUGCUGUGGCAAUCCACACUCUCUCAAAGCACCUAACCCAAAUACCAUUUAGGAAACUAUCCGGGCUUGCACAGACAGCAGCUUUCCACCCGUUGAGGCCGCUUUUCUUCGUGGCCACUCAGCGCACGAUACGGUGUUAUGAUUUGCAGAAGCUAGAGCUGGUCAAAAUUGUUCAGCCUGGCGCCAAGUGGAUCUCAUCGUUUGACAUCCACCCGGGUGGUGACAACUUGAUCGUCGGCAGUUACGACAAGCGUCUCCUGUGGCACGACCUAGACCUGUCCAACCGGCCAUACAAGACAAUGAGGUUCCACAGCGAGGCCAUCCGCAUGGUCCGCUACCACAAGGGUGGAUUGCCGCUUUUCGCCGAUGCCAGCGAUGACGGUUCGCUGCAGAUUUUCUAUGGCAAGGUUCCGAACGAUCAAUUAGAGAAUCCGACCAUUGUCCCGGUAAAGAUGCUCAAGGGCCACAAGGUUAUCAACAAGCUCGGCGUACUGGAUCUCGAUUGGCACCCUCGGGAGCCAUGGUGUGUUAGCGCUGGGGCUGAUGGGACAGCUCGCCUGUGGAUGUGAUGAUUAGACUCGGAUUGGAUGAGCGGAUCCGCCCAAGAGGCAUCAUGUGUACAUAGUGGUUUCCUUCGCAAUGUUGGCCGGUAUAUUAUCAGGACAGGUCUGUCGGCGCGAUAUGCCAUAUCUGCUGCAGUCAUUGGGUAAGAACUGCACUUUGUUCGGGUUCCCCGUCGGGCUUUUACCGCAUAUCAUUCUUCCACCCAUAUAGUGUCUUUUCGUGACAUGGGGGGGAAGACGUGGAAGUCCCAUGCGUCGGGCCCAAGAGAAAGCCCAGAAGAGAGGAAGAAGGUGACUAGCAGGGCAGUGCUUAGUUGUCUCCGCAAACUUUGCCGCACCCCGGCUUCAACGUUGGCUUCACCGCUU